AUGACCGUCGGCGGCUGGUCUGAUCUGCCGCUGGAUCUCUUCUCCCUCAUCUUCUCCAAACUCUCCCUUCCUCAAUUUCUCCGGUCGGCCGCCGUCUGUGCUUCGUGGUCAUCUGCCGUCGGCGAUCUGUCCGCGCGCGGCAGAUGCGUUAAGUUCCGCGGGCAGAGCCCCUGGCUCGUGCUUAACAACGACGACAUUCCAUCCGCCGUCGUCACCUUCUACGCCUUGGACGAGGCAAGGGAGUACACCAUCCCCGUCCCGGACCCUCCCAUAACCGACCGAUUGUUCCUCGGCUCUGCUCACGGUUGGAUCAUCACGAUGAACGCCCGCCUACAGGUUCAACUGUUGAACCCGAUCAUCGGCGCACAGAUUGACCUCCCUGGCGUCGUCUUCCCCUACGAGCACACCCAAUCCAUCCGCGACAGUGCAGGGCGCCUAAUCGGCUUCAAGAUACUAAUGAACGAAGAAGAGCAGGUACGGUGUGGUUACAGUUAUAUCAAUUGUCUAGAACAGUUUCGCCUCAAAGCAAUCCUAUCUGCUGAUCCGUCGCUCGGAGAUGGCUACACAGUCGCGGUUAUCCAACAUUCUCCCGGGAGAAUCUUUUUCAUCAGCUCCGGCGACGAUAAGAAAUGGUUGGAGUUACGUAACCACCCCAAUUUUAUUGAAAAUACAGCCUUCCAUAAAGGAAAACUGUAUAUGAGCACACUACAUUCGGUAGUGUAUGUUUGUGACUUGGACGAGGCGGCUCGCCGAAUUCAACAUGACGAGAUGCCCAGAUUUAGAGUGGUCGAUCGAGCCCUACAUCACAGCGGAUACAGUGCGGUGGUGGAUAAGGAAGCCUCGAUGCUUAGGGAAGAAGCCAAGGACUUGGGAGACUUGGUCAUCUUCUUGGGCGGCCGCGACCCACUUGGCUUUUCUCCUUAUGAUUUUCCAGUACAUUUGACGCCUAAUUCUAUAUAUUUAACGGAUGACGACUACGGUCUGAUAGAGAUUGCAGGUUCAUCAAGUUGGGAAAUUCUUGAAUUUGAAGAUGAUUCUUUAUCACUACAACCUGAUAUUCCUGAAAUAAAUAUGUCUCCAUCACCAUCACAAAGAAGAAUAAGAAGUUUGAGAGAUAUUUAUGAUGUGACUGAAGAAGUAAAUGUCACAAAUCAAGUCUAUUUUGCUUUCUUUGCAGGAGAAGAUCAAAUCACAUAUGAAGAAGCAUCAAAAGAAAAGAAAUGGGUGCAUGCCAUGAAUGAAGAGAUAAGCUCCAUUGAGAAAAGUGGUACAUGGGAGCUCACUACUUUGCCACCAUAUAAAUCUCCGAUUGGUGUGAAAUGGAUCUUCAAGACUAAAACAAAUCCAAAUGGCUCCAUUAAUAAAUACAAAGCAAGAUUGGUUGCAAAGGGAUACAAACAGAAAGAAGGUGAAGACUUCGAUUAG